CGGUCAGUGAGGGUUGUUGCAAUAGUGACGCGCGCUCUUUUCACACGCGAAAGUUUGCGACGCGCUCCGCUCCGCACUUUUACAGAGGGACGAUGUGCAUUGUUCAGUGAUCAGUUCAGGGAUUAGAUGUGCGACCCGAUGCGAUAAAAUGUUUUGAUGAGUGUGUGUUGGUUUUGCUUCCCGCUAUUUGGUGUGUGACUCUCCCUCUGAGUGCCCGUUAACUGUUACGAACCCCCUCCCCCUACCUCCGAAUGAUGAGGAUUUGAAUUUGUGCUAUUGGAAACUUCAACGACCACAACGAACUGUUUUUGCCCGAUAACGAACAUGAUGGAUUCGCAGCGACUCAUGCGUUAUUUGUUUACUCUCGGAUUGCUAUGUGUUUCAACGAGAGCCGACGAUGUGAGCAGAGAUACGAGAGAAAAAGAGGACGUCACGUUGGAGUGUAGAUUCUCUCCGACGGCCGAAAAAACGCUCUUUUAUUGGACGAAACACAAUAAAGAAACCCACGACAGUGUCGCCAUAGGAAAUGUCCCGUUGGACAACAACUACAAGCUCAACUACCAGCCGGAGAAGGGCGUCUACGACCUGCUGAUCUCGAACGCCAGCUACGACCGCGACAACGGCCGUUUCGAGUGCAAAGUCAAGAUGGCCGGCUCCGGUACCAAUCUGCACGUGCAACGGUACACGCUGACGGUGCUCACGGCGCCGCAGGAGCCGCAGAUCGCGCCCAGCUCCCACGUCACCGCCACCGAGGGCAAGAGGCAGGAGCUGACGUGCAGCAGCGUCGGCGGCUCGCCCGAUCCCCAGGUCAAGUGGUACAGGGAAGGUUCGAUGUAUCCUUUAGAGGCGGCCCUCAAGAACGGCGGCUCGAGAGACCAACCCACCACCGCCACCCUCUCCAUAAUGCCGUCCAAGGAGGACGACGACGCCGUGUUCAGGUGCGAGGUGUGGAACAGGGCCCUACCUGAGGACAAGAAGAUGAUCUCCACCGUCUCCCUCAGCGUCAACUAUUUCCCUCGCGUGGACGUGGGACCUGAAAACCCUCUGAGAGUAGAAAGGGACUCGUCAGCCACGUUGCAGUGUACCGUCGAUUCAAAGCCGAAAGUUUCCAGCGUCAGGUGGACGAAGAACGGCCGCUUUUUAACCAGCACCAACAACCACGUCAUCCACCGAGUUAGUGUGCAGGACGCCGGCAAGUACUCCUGCAGCGCCGACAACGGACUUGGCAAAGUUGGAGAGAAGGAAAUCACAUUAGAUGUGCUGUACGGCCCCAUCGUGACGCUGGAGGCCAAAACGAAAGAAGCCGAAGAAGGAGAGAGUGUCUAUAUUAAGUGUAACGUCACGUCCAACCCCAGCCCGAUGAUAAUAGAGUGGGUUAAGGAUGGGAAGCCCGACUUCCGACAAGUCGGAGACACUCUGCGGCUCAGCCAUGUGACGGCCGAGAACGCGGGCACGUACAUAUGUCGGGCAGUGAACAUAAUCAGCCCCAGCACGCUGCCGAUGCGGCGAACGGAGAAGAUCGGAAACGUGUCGAUCGCCCUGCUGAUACGCCAUAAGCCGGGCAAAGCGCGGAUAAUGCCGGACAAGCCUGUGGCUACGGAGGGAUCGGCCGUGACGCUGACUUGCACCGCAACUCCGCCGGGCUGGCCGCUACCGCAAUACCGCUGGUUCAGGAUCGGCUCCGACGGUCAGAACACCAUCCUGGCGACCGGCACUAAAUACACGAUCGCCAACGCCAAUUUGGGCACGGAGGGCGUCUACAAUUGCCAGGCCACAAACGAGUUGGGACCCGGCGAAAUGGCCUCGGUCAACUUGGAAGUGCACCAACCGCCCAGUUUCAAACUGAAACUCAAGCCGUUGGAGACGAAACGUGUCGGCGACAGGGACUUCUCGGUGGCGUGCAACGCCAAGGGAAAACCGCGACCGAUGGUUAGGUGGCUGAAGGACGACGAGGAGCUGACCGCCGACGCGAAUAUGUAUGAGGUGAAGACGGAGUUCACGGAGAGCAGCAACGGCGCCGUGACCGCACAGAGCGUGCUAAAGUUCAGCGGUAAGGCCAGGCCCAACGGGAACGAGCUGCUGCCCAGCGACAGGGGCGUCUACGCCUGUUCUUUCGAGAACGAAGUCAAACGAUCCGAGAGCACCAUGCACCUCAAAAUCGAACAUGAACCGAUCGUGCUGCACCAAUACAACAAAGUGGCCUACGACAUGUCCGAGACGGCCGAGGUCGUGUGUCGAGUGCAAGCUUACCCAAAACCAGAAUUCAAGUGGUUCUUUGGAAAUAACGGUGCCCCUUUGCACUCCUCUUCCGAAGGACAUUACAUCGUUCAAACCACCGUGGACGACAACGACGUCUAUACGAGCACCUUGAAAAUCUCCAACAUCAAGAAACAAGAUUACGGCGAUUACAAAUGCGAAAUCGUUAAUAAUCUGGGUACGAUCGAAACGAAAAUUAAAUUGCAACCCAAGGGCCCACCGGAGAAGCCGACGAAAUUGGUUUCUUUGCACACGGGACACAAUUUUGUCACUCUGGGGUGGGAACCUGGAUUUAACGGGGGCAUUUUCAACACUAAAUACUUCGUCUCUUAUAAAAAGAUUUCAAGUGACGACGAUAUCGUCGUUGAUGGUUGCGGAACCGUCACCAAAUCGGCCGACUGGUCAGAAGUGGACUGUCAACAGAACGUGCCCUGCAACGUUUCUCACUUGGAACAGCACCAAAGCUAUCUAUUCAAGGUGAAAGCUUUGAACACAAAAGGAAACAGCGACAAUUCCCAGGAAAUCAAAGUGACAACGCGUGUAGAUAGAAUACCGCUUCCGCAAAGAGUUUCUUACAACAGAGCGUCGCACACCCUCGCCAUAAACGUGCCAGCAACCUGCUUGCCAUUGAUUGCCAUAGUUGAAUCAGUUGCCAACGAAAAUCAUCCGAUCACCGCCUGGCAAGUCAUCGACACCCUGCCCCUUCAAGUUUCGGGCAUCACCCCCACCUACAAGGAGAAGAAUUUGGAUGAAAUCGAAAACAGACGCUCCGGAGGACGAUCUCUUGUGGACGAGCCGAUUGGCGUUAACGACGACUACAACCCGAGACUCAGGGUGAAACUUUGCCUCAGGACGCACCACGAUCUGUGUGGGGAGUUCGUUGAAGCCGAACUGGGUUAUGCACACAUCCGUGAGGCAUCUGCUUUGACUACUCCGACUCUCAUCGCCAUCAUUAUUUCCUGCAUAGUGUUCCUGCUGUUCGUGGGACUGCUGUUGAUUUUCUGCAGGUGCAAGAGGAACCAAUCGAAGAAGUCGCAACAAGCCAAGGACUACGAAAUGGAUUCGGUCCGGCCUACGAUUGUGCCUCAGCAAAAUCAAGCACCCCCUCCCUAUUACCCUUCGACUGGCAUGGACAAUAAAGCUCUGGAGCACUCUCUAGACUUGGCCCUGGCCAUGGAGGAUCAAAAGACUGUUUACGCCACCCAAAACGGCUACGGCUACCACGUGGCCAACCAAGACAUGCAACCAAGACAAAAUGGAGACUGGGCUAACAUGGGUUACUUGGAGAACAGCUACUCCAACUCGAACAACGGCGGCAGCGUCAACUCGCAAGACUCGUUGUGGCAGAUGAAGAUGGCCGCAGCCUCGACGAACUCCAACAACCAGCUGCAACCCCACCACAUGAACGUGGACAGGCAGAAUUCGUACGGCUACGACCCGAUCACGCACGGAGGUUACGGCGCCGUUGAUGAUUACGCCCCGUAUCCACAUAUCACUACCCAGAGCAACCACGGUGAUGACUACAUGAGAAACAGCAACAAUCCGUCCAGACAAGACUACUGUAGUGAUCCCUACGCGGCUGUACAUAAACCCAAGAAGCGCAUUGAGCAACAUAUCGAUUCCCCUUACCAUGAUGUCAGUGGCUUGCCGGAUCCGUACUUGGAACAAAUGGAGGACGAGAAGCCGCCGCAACACAUGUCGCUGAGCUACGAGGAGAGCUUGGAGAGUGGGUACUCGACGCCGAACUCGCGAACAAGGCGCGUGAUCCGCGAGAUAAUCGUCUGAAAACGUACGACGAACGAACUUUCGAAAGUAUCGAUGUGCUAAUUCUCUCUCACCCCCGUUUCUAAAUCGCCCGUUUGCCGUUCAUCGAUUUCCCUUUUUUUUUUUUGAUUAACAAUCCACGCAAAUCCAAAAUUCUUAUCUUCUUAAGUACCUGAACCUCACACUUUUUUUUUUUUGUUU